UGCUCGGUUGGUGAUGCAUCUCCUCCUCGCGAGUUUUUUUUCUUUUUUCUUUUUGGCUAUCCUCCUCGCGAGCUUUACGUCGCUCGAAGACGGAAGCUGCUGCCCUGCCGCCGGGAUUUUCUCAACGUGUGAGCUCAUCGCUCACACACCAAGACUGUAGCUUCUGGAACCUCCUCGAGCUCUCCUCCCCUCCCAAUCCGUCUCCUAUAAAGCGGAGCUUGAUCGAGCUAUCCCCCCACACCUCCACACCACAGCUUAUUCCGCCAUUGAUCACUGCGCACAAGCUCACGCAUCGACAGGAAGAGACGACAGGGGCCAAGAAGCAGAGAUGGCCGGGGAGAAGAAGGGCCUGCAGCUGCUGGACUUGUGGGUGAGCCCGUUCGGGCAGCGCUGCCGCAUCGCGCUGGCCGAGAAGGGCCUCCCCUACGAGUACCUGGAGCAGGACCUGGGCAACAAGAGCGAGCUCCUCCUGCGCUCCAACCCGGUGCACAAGAAGAUCCCCGUGCUCCUCCACGACGGCCGCCCCGUCUGCGAGUCCCUCAUCAUCGUCCAGUACAUCGACGAGGCGUUCCCGGGCAACGCGCCGGCGCUGCUCCCCGCCGACCCCUACGCGCGCGCGCAGGCCCGCUUCUGGGCCGACUACGUGGACAAGAAGCUCUACGACUGCGGGACCCGGCUGUGGAAGCUCAAGGGCGAGGCCCAGCAGCAGGCCCGCAAGGAGAUGCUCGACAUCCUCCGCACGCUCGACGCCGCGCUCGGCGACGCCAAGUUCUUCGGCGGCGAGGCCUUCGGCUUCGCCGACGUCGCGCUCGCGCCCUUCACGGCGUGGUUCCUCACCUACGAGCGCCACGGGGAGUUCAGCGUGGAGAAGGAGUGCCCCAGGCUGGCAGCGUGGGCCAAGCGCUGCGGGGAGAGGGAGAGCGUCGCCAAGACCCUCUCCUCGCCGGAGAAGGUCUACGAGUUCGUCGGCGUCCUGAAGAAGAGGUUCGGCAUCGAGUAGACGUUGUUGGUGUGGUUGGUUGGUUGGUGUGACCAAGGGAUGCUAGCUCCUUUUCCUACGUGUCGGUAGUACUGUCGGUUGGGUGUUUGUUGGUGUCAGUGUGUGUUGUGUGCGUGUGUCCGUGUCCCGAUCUGGCGUGCAGGUGCAGCGGCUGGGCCGUGCGUGGCCAUCCUGCACUCCAGGCUAAACAACACUGGUUGUUUGCUUGUUUUUAAUAAAGAAUAAAGGAUUUCCGUGGAUUUAA